CCCACCACGGUCACCCCAUCACAUCUACCUUAGUAUGGAUAGCUUGCCCGCCAGCCGUCCUCCUACCACAGGCAGACAAGAGUCGCACACUUGAGCUAGCAGCCUCCGACACACCAGCUUCUUCACUUCCAUCGCGGCCCAGGCUCGGCGUCGAUAAUAUGGACUUGGGCGACGCAGCGGGUGACUCGCCUUGGGGCGAUGUUCCUUCCCAAUCCUCCCCCUCGAAUCCCAAAGACAAAUCGCAAACGAGUGCUCCAACGCAAGCUCAGAAUACGGACAGCGUAAACCAGGCCCAGUCAGCUGUGAAGUCACCAGCACGUAAAGCGCGUGGUCCUGUGCGUCGCCUGGUCGCUCAGCCUACGCAGCUCGCAUCUGUGGAUGAUCCUCUUGGUCCAUUGGGUCCCCUGGGCGGCGGCUCUGGGGUUGAACCCGCUGCAGACGAGCCGCCCGCUCCGCCUUUGAAGGAGCAGCUUCCAGUGCGAACUACAAUGCCGCAAGCUUUGCAAAAGAAAGCCGGCCCCAAUGAUCCUCACCGGCUCGACGAUGAUGAGGACAGCCUUUUCGACAGGGCCCCAGGUCGUGCGCCGCCCCCAGUCCAGGCUGCCCUACCUAGCCCCAUGAGAAGUACUACACAGCCAAGCGUUAGCAUCGAACAGGCUGCGAAACCUACGUUCUAUAUUACCGUGGGUGAUCCGCAUAAAGUCGGCGACCUAACAAGCUCCCACAUCGUCUAUUCGGUUCGAACAAGGACAACGUCGAAGGGUUACAAACAAUCCGAGUUUGAGGUCAAGCGCCGCUAUCGCGAUUUUCUCUGGUUGUAUACCACCAUGCAUGGGAAUAACCCUGGUGUAGUGGUUCCACCACCACCAGAGAAGCAAGCCCUGAAUCGAUUUGAAAGCAACUUCGUCGAGUCUCGCCGCGCAGCACUAGAAAAGAUGUGCAACAAGAUUGCGGCACAUCCGACGCUGCAGAAUGACCCAGAUCUCAAGCUGUUCUUGGAGAGUGAAGCGUUCAAUGUUGAUGUUAAGCACAAAGAAAGGAGGGAGCCGCUUCCGACAGAAAGCAAAGGUGUCCUUGGAUCGCUCGGCAUCAGCAUGGGAAGCAGCAACAAAUUUGUUGAGCAGGAUGACUGGUUCCACGACCGCAGAGUAUACCUGGACGCGCUUGAAAACCAAUUGAAGGGUUUAAUGAAAUCCAUGGACAGCAUGGUCAUGCAACGUCGCGCCAUGGCGGAGGCUGCAGGUGACUUCUCAUCAUCCUUGCAUGCGUUGUCGACAGUUGAGCUCAGCCCCACGCUGUCGGGACCACUGGAGGCUCUUUCCGACCUUCAGCUCACCAUCAGAGACAUAUAUGAUCGCCAGGCGCAACAGGACGUCCUUACCUUUGGCAUUGUCAUCGACGAGUACGUCCGCUUGAUCGGAAGUGUGAAGCAAGCAUUUCAGCAGCGGCAGAAGGCAUUCUAUUCGUGGCAUAAUGCCGAGGCCGAAUUGCAGAAGCGCAGGACAACACAAGACAAGCUGCUACGCCAAGGCAAAUCUCAGCAGGAUCGACUGAACCAAGUCAGCGCCGAAGUUGCGGAUGCGGAGCGCAAAGUCCACCAAGCGCGCUUGCUGUUUGAGGAUAUGGGGAGGCUUAUGCGUGCUGAGCUCGACCGCUUCGAGCGCGAGAAAGUGGAAGAUUUCAAAGGCUCGGUCGAGACCUUCUUGGAGAGUGCAGUCGAGGCACAGAAAGAGUUGAUUGAGAAAUGGGAGACCUUCUUGAUGCAGCUGGAUGCCGAAGACGACGAAACCGUUUUCUAUCGUGGAUUAAACCACGCGGGAACCGACAAAGCUGGUAAUGGUCGUGGCGACACAGCUGUUGACCGGGCACGGGCAACCAUAGAUGAGGACUCGGACUAAGCUUUCAAGCUGAGCACGGGCGACCGGCAAUGGCUUACCAACAUUGGCGCGGGACGUUAUCUUGUCAAGUAGGCAGCGAAAGUUGUAGAUGCAGCGAAAUGUUUAUACAGGCUUUGUACAUAAUACAGGUGAGACCAGGACUUCCUGAACUCCAGCCACGCAGGUCCCAAUGCUUCGCAGCUUCGCCGGUGCCCGCGCCA